AUGACUCUGGAGUUCAGCUCACGGGGAUUGACCCAGUCUUUUCCAACUUCAAAAAUCUUUUUUAAGAAAAUGAAGGAGAACGAAUUCGUGGAAAUGAAAUUAGACUCCCCCACAAAGUCUGUUGGGUCUACAGGAAUUAAGACACCAAGAAUUGAAUCAGGAGGAUCAAUUCAAUUUGAGGAUAAAGAAGAAGAUUUCAUAGAGAAUAAGAAAAUUGAUGAUGAUCAAGAGGCGUCGAAGAAGAAUUGUUCGGAUUCGGGUAUGAAAAAAGAUCAAAGAAACUUACAAGAAAGGAACAACGGUGGUGGUUUGCAUAUUUGGAAGUGGAGGAUAACUGGAAUUGGAGCUCUCUGUUCUCUAGGAAUCACUGCAGCUACUAUCUGUAUUUUCAUUAUAGGAAACAGAAAAAAACAUCAUCAGCAGAAUCAAAAAUUCAGAUUUCAGAGUUAUGCAGAAGACAACGAGCUUAUAAGCUAUAAAAGGAAGGACAUGUUUAUCUAUACGACUGUUAGAUAA